AAAUAAAAUAACGGAAACAUUACUCUAUAAGAAACUGGAACAGCUCCCAAGAAAAAUCAUCAUCGUCAAGUCUUUACGGACUCCGACUCAACAACAACAAACUGCUAAGGGCAACAAUUUGAAGAUUUGGUAGUAGGAUUUCAAAAAGGCUGUGAAGAUGAGUGACAAUUUGAUGGAGAAGGUCAGUGCUUUUGGUGAACUCCUCAAGACUGGAGGUGCCGAGGUGGGUCGAAAGAUGAGCGCAGGCAUGAGCUCAAUGAGCUUCAAGGUGAAGGAGCUAUUACAAGGUCCUAACCAAGAAGAUAAACUUGUUGAGGAUGCCACAGCUGAGACGCUUGAUGAGCCUGAUUGGGCCAUGAAUCUUGAUAUCUGUGAUAUGAUCAAUCAUGAAAAAGUUAGUAGUGUUGAAUUGAUUCGUGGAAUAAAGAAGAGGAUCAUGAUAAAAAAUGCUAGGGUACAGUAUUUAGCUUUAAUGUUGCUUGAAACAUGUGCUAAGAAUUGUGAGAAAGCUUUCUCAGAGGUGGCAGCUGAGAGGGUUCUUGAUGAAAUGGUGAAGUUGAUUGAUGAUCCUCAGACUGCUGUCAAUAAUAGGAAUAAAGCUUUGAUGCUCAUUGAAGCAUGGGGAGAGUCAUCUAGUGAGCUGCGUUAUUUACCUGUUUAUGAAGAAACAUACAAGAGUUUAAAAUCAAGGGGUAUCCGAUUCCCUGGUCGUGACAAUGAGAGUUUAGUGCCUAUCUUCACCCCACCUCGUUCUGUGUCGGCUCCAGAAGUGGAUGCUAGUCUUACACAUCAGAUUCAGCAUGAUAUUCCUCUGCAAAGCUUUACAGCUGAACAGACAAAGGAAGCAUUUGAUGUGGCAAGAAACAGCAUAGAGCUUCUCAUGACAGUAUUGUCCUCUUCACCUCAACAAGAUGCAUUACAGGAUGGUUUGGCAACUACACUAGUCCAGCAGUGUCAUCAGUCGCAACUGACUGUGCAAAGAAUCAUUGAGACAGCAGGAGACAACGAGGCUCUUCUUUUUGAAGGUUUGAAUGUGAAUGACGAGAUCCAGAAAGUUCUCUCGAAGUAUGAAGAGUUGAAGACCCCAUCAGUGGUUCCUGCUGUACCUGAACCUGCUUUGAUUCCUGUUGCUGUUGAGCCUGAUUCACCCAUUCAUGCCAAAGAAGAUGCCUUGAUCAGGAAACCUGCAGGUCCACAAGGUGGAACCCACGGAGGGAGCAGUGAUGAUAUGAUGGAUGAUCUUGAUGAAAUGAUAUUUGGUAAGAAGGGAGGGAGUGCAUCUGAAGGUCCGCAAGACCCAAAGAAGCAGCAAUUCUCUAAGGAUGACCUCAUAUCCUUCUGAGCUACGUUAUGUAUACAGAUGAUUCCAUAUUUUAGGAGGUAGGGCUUUUGAUACGAGGCCAUUUAGGUGCUGAACACAAUUGAAUUUGAAUUGAAUUUAAAUGGUUAUUGCAUUCAUAGACGGUGGGUUGUGGCUUCUCGCUGCACAGUACUUUCAUUGUUUUAUGUGUAUUUUUCUGUCUUCUGCAAGUAGUAUAUGCAUGGAUUUUGCUAUAUAAUCUGCUUUGGGGAGUUUACAAGUGAUGUAGUUUUUAUUUUGCACACUUGUUA